UGCUAAAAUGCUGUGAGUCGUGUUGUCAAAAAUUACGUGAAAUCUUCAUGGAAGAGUGCGAACUGAAGAGAAAUUUCUAGUUUUUACCCAUUUCAUCGUCCACAUUCCUCCACCAGAAUGGCUGGAUCAGCCCUCAGACGUCUCAUGGCAGAGUAUAAACAGCUCACCCUCAAUCCUCCGGAGGGCAUAGUAGCUGGCCCAAUAAGUGAGGAUAACUUCUUUGAGUGGGAGGCGCUGAUAACGGGGCCGGAGGGAACAUGCUUUGAGGGUGGAGUUUUUCCUGCUAAGCUCAUUUUCCCGCCGGACUAUCCACUGAGUCCGCCAAAAAUGAAGUUUACCUGCGAGAUGUUUCAUCCGAAUAUUUUUGCGGAUGGAAGGGUCUGUAUUUCGAUCUUGCAUGCUCCUGGGGAUGAUCCGAUGGGCUAUGAAUUGUCGGCAGAACGAUGGAGUCCUGUGCAGAGUGUGGAGAAAAUACUCCUGAGCGUUGUUUCAAUGUUGGCCGAGCCAAAUGAUGAAUCUGGCGCCAAUGUCGAUGCAGCUAUUAUGUGGAGGGAGAAUCGCGAGGAGUUCAACAAUAUUGCCACAAAAAUUGUCCGGAAAACUCUCGGAUUGCCCUCAUAAAUCCUCAUCCAUUCCUCAAAUUCCCAGAAUUGCAGAUUUAGCUAGUGGUUCCUUUGUUUCCCUUUUGGUUUCUUCUCAAAAAUUCCCAGAAAAUUGCUUUUAUACCCCUUUUUUCUCGAUUUAGAGAUUGAACUGUUGCAUCUUGGUUUUUCCCUGUUCCGGCAAAAGGAGAAAAUCCUCAAGCAGGAAGGGAAUUAAAUAUAAUAAUAAUAAAAUAAAAUAGUCCAGAAAUAUUUGUAAUAUCUUAAUUUAUUUGUUGCACAAUCAACUUCCAACACUUUUAUAGCAAAAAUCUUACUAAUUGUUUUUUUUAGAGAAGAAGAAAAUGUGAGAGAACAUUUUAAUGAUAGAAAAAAUAAAGAUUUUAUUCACAAAAAAAAAUUAAAAAAAAAGAUAGUGGAAGUUAAAUUGGAUAAGACAUGAAAUAAAGGUAAUAAAAAAAGAUUUAUUAAAUACAAUUACACGCAGAGUAUUUUCUUUUUUCUUCUCUUCGGCGAGUUUUUUUUUAAAUUCUCUUUUGUCCAAUUCUUCAACAUUUAAUUUACUUUUUUUUUCUGGCAACAAUAGCAUAGAUUUUUUUCUUUCCACAAUAAUAAUUAUAGUCAAAAAAUGUGAUGUCAUUCAAAUACUAUUUUACAUUGUUACUAAUAUUUAUCGAAAACAUCUCAUGUUUAGUGCGAUUAUUUCAAUUUUAAUUUACUUUUUCUUAUAAUUUGUGUUUUUUUGUUUUUAUAAAAAUAAUUCUACCUACUAUCAGUCAUUUAAAGGGACAUUUCUUUUGCGUACAAUACCAUUCACGCGCAUUCUCACCAAUUUUUCUCAACGGUUUUGUUUUUUUUU